UAAAUUACAGAGCUGUCAGUACUCAGUACUGGUUAUGGCGGCGGCCGGGGAAUAUCUUGGCCUUCAAGCAUUCCGAUAUUCGAUUUCUCCCUGCCAAAGCAAAACUCGGAAAGCCAUCUCCAAUUUUUAGACACUUUGCCUUUCCUCCUCUGUACUUUCUAUCUGUUGUCUUCGUCAAAUAGGCCGAAUCUCAGUUGUUUCGCUUUUGAAGAAACGUUUGCUUUUCUAGAUGCAUUUACUCAUCAAUUGUGCAGUGACUGUAUUCUCAUGGUACCGGAAGCUUUUAUUUAGAUGAAUGGAGAAGGCAAAAGAGCAGAGCAAAGAAAUUCUGAUUUCCGCCGACGCCGGAGGGAGCAAUCAGUCGGCAGCCGCCAGUAGAAAGAAGACGAAGUCGUUCCAUCCUCCUAUCGAGACAUUCUGGCAAUUACCACCGGCGAAGGAGCCGAGGAGGUCCAAGCCGAGGUUCAUAGCAAUACUGUCGAACACAUUCAAAUACAUGGAACCGUUAUUGAGCACGAAGAAAAGCCAGAGCAAGAGGACGGUUUUAGAAGGCCACCAUGAUCCUAAAGAUCAGAUUAUAGUCGAUUCAUUUCGUGAAUUGCUUCAUCUCGAGGGUCAGCUCCCCAAAAAGCACUUCGAUUAUCACACUCUUCUGAGAUUCCUUAGAAUGAGAGAUUUUCAUUUGGUGAAAGCCAAGGAUAUGUUCAUGCAAUACAUCAAAUGGCGCGAGGAGUUUCAUGUCGAUACCAUCACAAAGGAAUUCAAGUUUGAUGAAUACCAGGAAGUUAAGCAGUGCUAUCCCCAUGGAUUCCAUGGAGUCGACCGAUACGGCAGGCCAGUUUACAUCGAACAGCUCGGAAUGGUUGAUCUAAAUAAGUUUCUCCAAGUGACGACAGUCGACAGAUUCGUGAAGCAUCACAUAUGCGAGCAAGAGAAGACCAUGAAUUGGAGGUUCCCGGCAUGUUCGCUUGCUGCUAAGAAGCACAUUGCAUCGACGUUUAGCAUAUUGGACGUGAAAGAUGUGGGAAGAUCCCAUUUCUCGAAGCCGGCUCGCCAUCUUUUCAUGGAAAUUCAAAGAAUCGACAGUUGCUACUAUCCGGAGACACUGCAUCAGCUGUUUAUCAUCAAUGCUGGCUCUGGAUUUAAGGUACUCUGGAAGGCAAUCAAGAAGUUUCUCGACGAACGUACCUUGGCGAAGAUCCGAGUAUUGGGAACUGAUUACAGAAGCUUCUUAAUUGAAGCUAUCGAUCCAAGCAAUCUCCCGACUUUCUUGGGCGGCGAAUGCACGUGCUCCGAAUCCGGGGGCUGCCUAUUCAGCGACAAGGGGCCUUGGAACGAUCCUGAGAUCAUCGAAACACUUCAGGUAAUGCUUAAUGCUGAAGAGGAGCAGGAAUGCGGCGAGCUAGACGAACAGAUUGCAUCGACAAGCCUGCCGAGUGAUGGCACUGCCGGAGACAAUAUCGACAAGCCCUUGUUAAAGAAGAUCCAGGCCUUCGAGCCGGUGCUCGAAGCUGCGAAAAAGAAAAUUGCAAGUUUGGAAACUGCAUUAGAAGAGACCAAACUGGUCUUGCAAGGACUAACACAGCACAUAGAGGAACUGAAGAGAUGAACAAACUUGCUGUGUUAUGCUCAGUGAAGAAAUUACAUUUUACAAAUAAGUUCUUUUUCUUUCUUUGUAGCUUCAUUUCUUGCAGUA